UUUUCAUUUUAUUUACAAUAAUAUUGAAAUAUUUUAAGUUUUAUAUAAAUAGUUUAAUAAUAAUUAUCUUAAAUUUAAUAUUAAUUUAGUUCAUAAAAAUUCUUAUUUAAAAUGCCUGUAAAAACUCAAGUGUAUAAUAAACAGAAUAAUAUAAAUCAAUAUACAUUAAGCAAUAAAUCGGGUAAUUUAGUGGUCAAAAUCAUAGACUAUGGCGCAACUAUUACUCAUAUUUUGACUCCCGAUAAAACUGGUCAAACUAGAGAUGUAGUACUCGGUUGGGACGAUUUGGACGGAUAUUUUGGUGAAAGAGGCAGAAAUCCAUUUUUUGGUGCAGCUAUUGGUCGCUGCGGUAAUCGUAUAAUAGAUGGUAAUUUUCAAUUGAAUGGACAAACAUAUCUAUUGGCACUUAAUAACGGACCAAAUGCUCUUCACGGAGGUAUUGAAGGUUUUGAUAAAAAGAAAUGGAAUUUACUUAAAGAAACGGAUCAAUCAAUAACUCUUGGAUUGGUCUCCAAAGAUGAAGAAGAAGGAUAUCCGGGUCAGCUCGCAGUAGAGAUAACUUAUUCAGUAACUGAAGACAAUGAGUUGCGAUUAGAGUAUUUGGCAAAACUAAGUGAUAAUCAAUUAAUUGACACAAUUGUUAAUUUAACAAAUCAUUCAUACUUUAACUUAAACGGUUGUACUAAUGAUAAUGAAUUGGAUGUACUCAACCAUAAAGUAUUAAUGAAAGCCCAAAAUUAUCUGGAAAUCAAUGAUUCAUUUCAACCAACCGGUCGUAUACUGUCCACCAAAACUGAUACACAAGUUAUGGACUUUGCCACCAAAGAUGGUGAAGAAUUGCAUACAAUUGGCGAGAGAAUCAAUCAAGUGAUGCCUAAUGGUUACGAUCAUUGCUAUGUUAUUGAAACAAAUGAACAAAACUACAACAUUAAAGGUAAUCCAUUAAUUCAAGAGUCUGUAGUUGUGGUUAACUCUCCUCUAACGGGAAUUACAUUAACAUUUUCAACUACUGAACCGGGAUUUCAAUUUUAUACGGGAAAUAAUGUUAGUUCAGCUCAAGUGACCAAAACAAGUCAAUCACUGACACCGACGACUUUGAAGAAAAACUCAGGAUUUUGUUUGGAAGCCCAGAGAUUUCCCAAUGCUAUCAAUGAAAACAAUUGGCGAAAACAAGUGGUAUUAUCACCCAAACAGACUUACAAUCAGACAACUGUUUAUAAGUUUGGACUCAAAUAAUUUCUUAUAACUUUUUUUUACUAAAUAAAUAAUUUUAUAUGUUAUGUAAUGCUUAUAGUAUAUUAUACAAGAAUUUAAUAAUA